GCAGCAGCUCUCUACGCCGCCUUCCCCGAGGAGUGGUGGGCCCAGAGGGAGCCUCCAGCGCUCCGUCCGCCCCUUCAAUCGACCCGCCAAACCCGCCUCGCCACGCGCCUUCGCCCCUCGCUCUCCCACCCCAACAUGUACUGGGUGAAGGCGACCCACGUGCCGACUAGCAGGAUCGCUGGACUGGCCGGCUGGAUGGCUCCCGGUCACCCCAUCCACAAUGUCUGGCGCCGCUCGGCCACCGACUUCUUCCACUGGGCCGACAAGCACAACUGGAGCCAGCAAGACGUCGACGACAUGUGGGCAGGCGUCGACGUCGACUACUGGGACGGCAGGUGCCGCGCCGACGAUGAGAUCAGGCGGCAGGUCAUGGGCGACGAGCCGCAUUGGUACCUGGCACCGCUGCUCACCCUCCCCGAGUUCCAAGGGAGGGGGAUAGGAAGCCUUCUGCUCAAAUGGGCAAUGGACCAAGCCGAUGCCACCGACCCCGUCACGCCCCUGUACCUCGAGGCCUCGGCAAUGGGGAGGCCCGUCUAUCUUCACCAUGGCUUCGUGCCCGUGGGGGAGCAUAACAUGGUAAGAAGGGGUCCC